UUUUCCUUCUGAUAACAACUUAAUGCUACCAGUUUGCCAAAGAAAACAUUGAAGUCAGAUAAGAACCAGAACAUGGCUGCUCAUAGUUUUAGCUUAUCAGCACUUUGCAUUAUGAUCAUUACAUUCUUGAUCUUUCAAAGUAUCCCAGUUGCAGCUUCUUUGUCCUUCACCUUCAGCAAUUUCAGUAACACUAGUGAAUUGUUUUUCGACCGAAAUGCAACUUUAUCAAACAACAUAAUUCAACUCACUGCAGAACUAGCAUCCAUGGGUAGAGCCACAUAUUAUAGACCAAUGAGUCUGUGGGAUGAAAAAUCAAGAAACCUGACAGACUUCACAACGCAUUUUGCCUUCAGUAUAGAUUCGCAAAACCAGAGAAGAUAUGGCGAUGGGAUCACGUUCUUUUUGGCUCCAGUUGGUUCCAGGAUUCCAAGGAAUGCAACAAAAGGUGGCACCCUUGGCCUCACAACUGAUGAGCAGCAAUGGAAUUCGACAGACAAUCCGUUUGUUGCAGUUGAGUUUGAUGUUUACGAGAGUAAUUAUGAUCCUGUUGGUGAUCAUGUAGGUAUUGAUCUCAGCUCUAUGAUAUCUGUUGCUAAUGUGAGUUGGUUAGGUGCAAAUACUAGUGUCAUGAAAGGGUUGAGAAAUGAUGCUUGGAUAACUUAUCAUUCUAGCUCGAAAAAUCUCAGUGUUAUCUUUACUGCUUUGAGUAAUAACAGGACUAUCAAUCAGAGUCUUUCGUAUAUAGUUGAUUUAAGAGACUAUUUGCCACCAAAUGUUACUUUCGGCUUCUCUGGUUCAACUGGAAACCGAUCAGCUAUAUGUAGUAUUUACUCAUGGGGUUUCAAUACAAGUCUAGAGCUACAUGAGACUUUGACAGAUUUGAUUAAUCAAGCACCAAGCUCCUCGGAUAACAAGGGAAUGCUGAUUGGAUUAUUAGUGGGGGGAGCUCUUGUAGUCUGUGUUGGUAUUUUGGCAUUGGCGUAUUAUAGAAAGAGAAGGAAUGGAGAGGAGGAUGAAGAUGAAAUCACGUUUGAUGAUACGAUGGAUGGGGAAUUUGAAAGAGGUACCGGACCUAAAAAGUUUUCAUAUCAUUCGCUGGCUAAGGCAACAAAGAACUUUGCAGAGGAGCAGAAGCUUGGAGAAGGAGGCUUUGGUGUGGUUUAUAGAGGUUUCUUGAGAGCACUGAAUUGUGAUGUUGCUGUUAAGAGGGUAUCAAGGACUUCGAAGCAGGGAGUGAAGGAGUAUGCAUCAGAAGUGAAGAUCAUUACUCGAUUAAGACAUAGGAAUCUGGUGCAGCUGCUGGGAUGGUGUCAUGAAAAGAAUGAUCUUCUACUUGUUUAUGAGUAUAUGCAGAAUGGUAGCUUGGAUUCUCAUCUUUUUCGAGGGAAAAGCUUGUUGACAUGGCCAAUAAGAUACAAAAUUGCACAAGGCUUAGCCUCAUCACUGGUUUAUCUACAUGAAGCAUGUGAGCAAUGUGUAGUCCAUAGGGAUAUUAAAUCAAGCAAUGUUACAUUGGAUUCAAAUUUCAUAGCAAAACUUGCUGAUUUUGGAUUAGCAAGAUUGGUUGAUCAUGAAAAAGGAGGGCAAACAACUGUUUUUGCUGGAACUCUGGGAUACAUGGCUCCUGAAUGUAUAACUACAGGCCAAGCCAGUAAAGAAUCAGAUGUUUACAGCUUUGGCAUUGUUUCACUAGAAAUAGCAGGUGGAAGAAAAGUAAUUGAUCCGAAUUUUGAUGAAAGUCGAAUGAGACUGCUUCAAUGGGUCUGGAGCCUAUAUGGAACAGGAGAACUUCUUCAAGCUGCUGAUCCAAAACUCUGUGGAGAUUACGAUGAGCAAGAACUGCAGCGAUUAAUGAUUGUUGGGCUUUGGUGUGCACAUCCAGAUAAAACUUUUCGACCUUCAAUUAGACAAGCCAUUCAUGUCCUUACUCUUGAGGCUCCAUUGCCUAUUCUUCCACCAACUAUGCCUGUCGCAACAUAUUAUCCUCCAUUGAACAUGUCAACAGCUGCUCUAGCUAUGGCAUAUGGUCAGACUGUCUGGAAACAUAGACCAGGUGAAUCUUCUGGUAAUCAAAAUAAUGAAUCCUCAAGUAAUGCUUCCACCGAUUCUACAUUUCAAUCAGUUCUGUAUCCUAGAUGAACUACAUUUCUAUCAAAAUACUAUCCUAUAUUCAUAGAUUUCCACUCUUUUUUGUGUAAUAUCAUUUUUUGGAUGAACACUAACAUUCAACAAAAUAUCACAUCCACAGCAAAAUAUUUGAUACAUCUUCUUGACAUUGAUUAUAAUUUCAGUGCUCUUGAAGCUGACAUUUGGAUACAUAAAUGUCUCUAACUCCCUUCCUUGCAGAAUAGGAUACUAGAAUAGUAUAUGGUACUAAAGAGUUCAUACAUCUAUAACAGUUCCCAGGAACUAGAAGUCUAGAA